AUGUCUUUCGAAGACAGCUCAGCUUCCGGUGCGGACAUCGAGAAGACGUCUGCUUCUCCACCGACGUACCUUGGCGAGGACAAGCCAACCACGACUCUCAGGGAGGAUGUUGCGGCGUACGGACUGGAGAAGGUCUUUCAGAGGCACGGCAGGAUUGACUUGAUACCCUUGCCUAGCAACGACCCGCAAGACCCGUACAACUGGAGCUCGUGGAUCAAGCAUGCUCUGCUCAUCCAGAUCGCUUUCCAUGCGAUGAUGGGACCGUUCUCGGCUGCUUCUGUCAUCCCUUCCUUCGAGACCUUCGUCGAAGACUUCGACAUCACCAUCACUCAGGCGUCGAGCGUACCGAUCUUGUUCCUAGGUGCGACGCCGCUUCUUGCAGCACCCAUCUCUGCCCGCAUCGGUCGUCGUCCCAUCCUCCUCGGCAGUGCUAUACUGAGUGCAGCAGUACACCUUGGCGGCGCGUACUGUCACUCUUACGGGACGUUGAUGAUCACGCGAGUCUUCCAGGCCAUCCUCCUCUCACCGCCGCAGUCGCUCGGCGCGGACAUGGUCAACGAGAUGUUCUUCCAGCACGAGAAGGGCCAAAAGCUCGGCAUCUGGACACUCUUGACCGCCCUCGGCCCUCCCGUCGCGCCGCUCAUCAUGGGUCCGCUCGUGUGGAACACCGGCAAGUGGCAGUGGACGUUCUACCUCCUCGCCAUCAUCAACCUCGUUCAGUUCAUCCUCUACAUCUUCUUCGCCCCCGAGACCGCCGGCUUCGUUCGUCCCGCCCGCGGCGUACCAGGCGUCGAAACGGCGACUAGCGAAGCGCCUCGCCAGAAGACGCCGUGGUGGAAGCUCUACUUCUCCUUCAAGCGGACUUCGUCGGCACCUUGGUCUCGCGUUCCCUACGAGACAGUCCACCCCUUCGUCAUGGUCCUCCGACCGACAGUCCUCCUCCCCGCCCUCGCCUACGCCAUCACUUUCUCCUACACCAACGUCCUCCUCACCGUCGAGAUCCCCGCCCUUCUCGGACGGAAGUACCAGCUCAAUCCGCAGCAGAUCGGCCUGCAGUACGUCAGCUCGGUCAUCGGCGCGACUUUGGGCGAAGUCGUAGCGGGAACCGGGUCAGAUUGGUGGAUGCUCUGGCGGACGAAGCGGGCGAACGGGAAUCGCGAGCCGGAGAUGCGCAUCCCAUUUGGCUUGCCGGGGUUCAUCAUUGGCGCCGUCGGAACUCUUAUCUUCGGCAUCCAGCUGCAGAACACGGCGGCAGGUCGAUGGAAUGUCACCCCUCUCCUAGGCGUCGCUAUCGCCCUCUUCGGCUUGCAGAUCGUCACGACCGUCGUCUACAGCUACGCGAUCGAAGCGACGACCCGCAAGCGCCAGCACCUCGUCUCGCCCUUCGUUGGCUUCGUGCGCCAAAUCUACGCUUUCACCGCGCCGUUUUACUUGACGAUCCCUUUCGAGGAGUGGAACUUCACGAAAGGCGCAGGCUUGCUUACCGCCUUCGUCGGAAUCGUCAGCUUUGCCCUUCUCUUUGUCUGCCAAAUCUUUGGCCGCCGUUGGCGCCAACGCGAGGCGGAGAAGGACGGCGAGUCCGAGGCCGUACCGGAGUCUCCUUGA